CUUCAACAUUGUCUCUGACCAUUUUUCUUCUUCAUCACCACCACCACUUUUUAAAUACUCCUUCAUCUCUCUCUCUUUCUCUCUCACAUUUCCCUCUUCUUACUUUCCCUUCAGAUUUCUCUUUACCUUCCUCCCCUCCCUUCAAUCCUAACGCCUCGCCAUGGGAGACGCCCUUCCUGAUGCUGCCAUGGACGCCGUCCAAAAGCGUCUCAUGUUCGAAGACGAGUGCAUUUUAGUGGAUGAGAAUGACCGGGUUGUUGGUCAUGAAUCCAAAUAUAACUGUCACUUGAUGGAAAAUAUCGAAUCUAAGAACUGGCUUCAUCGUGCUUUCAGCGUCUUUUUAUUCAAUUCCAAAUAUGAAUUACUUCUUCAGCAACGAUCAGCGACAAAAGUGACGUUUCCGCUUGUCUGGACGAACACUUGCUGCAGUCAUCCAUUGUAUAGAGAAUCUGAACUAAUUGAGGAGGAAGCUCUUGGUGCAAGGAAUGCUGCCCAGCGGAAGCUGUUAGAUGAACUCGGUAUUCCUGCUGAAGACGUCCCAGUCGACCAGUUCAUUCCCCUCGGUCGUAUGCUAUACAAGGCACCCUCUGAUGGCAAAUGGGGGGAGCAUGAAUUGGACUAUCUCCUCUUCAUUGUUCGAGAUGUCAAUGUGAACCCAAACCCGGACGAAGUGGCAGACGUGAAAUAUGUAACCAAGGAGCAGUUGAAGGAGCUUCUAAGAAAAGCAGAUGCUGGAGAAGAGGGGUUGAAGCUCUCCCCUUGGUUCAGGCUUGUUGUGGACAACUUUUUGUUCAGUUGGUGGGAUCAUGUGGAGAAGGGGACUCUCAAGGAAGCUGCUGACAUGAAAACAAUUCACAAAUAG